AUGACCCACAGAGCGUCUCGUAACGAUAACGUUGGCGGGGCUGGUAUAACCCUCAACCCUGUAGGCGGGCCUGCUCAGUCCUCCAUCAUUUGGAUGCACGGCCUAGGCGACUCCGGCGAAGGGUGGGCCGGGGCCUUUGAUCCUAAAGUAUUCCCCACCACCCGCAUGAUCUUUCCCACCGCACCCACCCGGCCCAUCACCUUGAAUGGAGGCUUUCCGAUGCCGGGAUGGUUUGACAUAAAUGGUCUGGAUGAAAGCAGUCCGGAAGACAGAGCGGGCUUUGAAGAGGCCAAGCAACGCAUCGCACGAAUAGUGCAAGGGGAAGUCGAGGCAGGAGUGCCGGCAGAUAAGAUUGUCUUGGGAGGCUUUUCGCAAGGAGGGGCUGUUACGCUGCACUUAGCCCUGAGAAGCGAGGUUCGACUGGGCGGGGCUGUCAUUUUAUCCGGAUGGUUGCCACUUAAGGCGGACUACCCUGCUGCCUUGACGGACGUUGGGAAAACCAUGCCAUACUUCCACGGGCACGGAGAUGCGGACGGGAUCGUGCGGCAUCAAUGGGGACAGCACAGUGCUGAGAAAUUGAAAGAGCUCGGCCUGAAUUAUACAUUCAAGACCUACCGCGGGUUGGAUCAUGGAGCGACACCAGAGGAGAUGAAGGAUGCCGUGGCAUUUAUGAAGGAAAUUUUCAACAAAUAA